CUCCUCUGAGACCAUUCAAGGUGGUAUGAGCGAAUGAUGAAGUAUGAGGUGCCUCUUCGGCCUUCCUGGUCAUGGCGAGUCAGACUCCGAUUGCGCUGAGCACGGGAAGAAAAGCUCAUCUUGCGUCAUCGGCGGCGACCUGGUGACAGAGUCAGAUGCGAGCUCUACCGAUGGGACUUCUGAAGGAGGAUACAGUCUCCCGUGGCCCAUUCUAUUUCUUUGUGUUGUUGAAUUGCUUUGUCCAACAGACUCACUGCAACUGACGCACCAGCACAUACCACUCAUCGCCUCCUCUUGCAACCCGAACAUACACCAUGUCGAACCCAGUCCACUCCACUGGCCGCGGCGGCGCGGGCAACAUCGGUCACGACACCAACAACUACGUCGACGGCGCCAUUGUCCGUGAGGGCGCUGUAGGAGAGAGCGGCGUCCCAGAAUACAGCGCCGGUCGAGGCGGUGCUGGCAACAUGGUCCAGCCCACGGGCUCACAAUUGAACAAACCCUCGGAAGAAAUCGUCCCGGAAAGCGCGACUCGCAUCGGAGGUGCCGAUUACGACAACUUCCACACGGGACGAGGCGGACAAGGAAACAUCCACAAGGAGAAGUAUGGAGGACAUUCGUCGGCCAAGGAACAGGAUGCUGCGAUUGCGAAAAACUCCCCCAAGAACAGCCCGCACGUGGGCGCGCAAAAGGAGAGUAUAUUGGAGAAGGUGAAACACGCUGUGGGGUUGGAUAAGAAGGAAAAGACUCCUGAGCCGACGACGUUGUAAAGCGGACGAGGCUGGAUAGGAGUGACGAUGAUGAUGAUUAUCAUGAGGAGGCGUGGGUUUCUGUGUUUUCUUGAUACCACUACGGAUAUGCUAUUUUCCUUGCUUGGAAUGGGUACGGAAAAAAGCAGACCAGCAAGUUCUGUGGACGGAGGGGAGGAAAAGCUGUAAUUACGAAUAUGUAAUAAUUUGGUAUGUCCCUAUGUCGCUGGUUUCACGUCACGUUGGUGGCAUUUGUGGUCCGUUCUCUGUAACAAUCUACUUCGCAGCAGACCCCAGGCGACACUCUAGAACAAUCUCGAUUCGAUCUUGGAGCCCUCUUCAAGGCAACAACGCUCUGAAGACAGCUACAGCAAGGUCUUCGUCCACCACACAGACGGGAAGUCUCUACCACGAAGUUUCAUGGUCUGAGGAUGAUACCAAUAUCGAGAAGCUGGCCGGUGGUGACAAGACGAGGAAGAAGAGUCACUCAAGUAUCAUUGGAAACGAGUGUAGGAUACAGGACCUUCUAAUCUGAGCAUUGACAUGCCCGCGACUUCUUAGAGCACCCGCCUCUUCUAGCUUUCCUCCUCUCUCUGGAAAUGAGUGUCUUGAUACUGCAGAACGGAAGAAUAACAGGGAGAGAGACUCGAUUGACGAGAAUCCUCGUAUCACAAC